AUGGAAGUAGAUAUCAUUUACUUAGAUCUAUCCAAAGCCUUCGACAAGGUCCCACAUAGUUUACUACUUCUAAAACUGAACAGUUAUGGCAUCUCAGGAUCUCUUCUCUCGUGGUUUAGCAGCUAUCUCACGGACAGAUAUCAAAGAGUUGUUCUUGAUGGUGUUUAUUCUGACUGGCUUCCAAUAACAUCCGGUGUCCCCCAAGGUUCCAUACUUGGUCCUCUCCUGUUCCUUGUCUACGUCAACGAUCUCCCCAGCUACAUCAAUUCCCAAUCAACCAUUGCCCUGUUUGCCGAUGACUCCAAACUUUAUAAUCCAUCAACCUUCCUGACUCAACCCUUCACCUCCAAAACGACUUGGAUAACCUUCAUAAAUGGAGUCUCGACUGGGCGAUGAAGUUUAACAAAUCUAAAUGUCAAGCACUACGGGUCUCGAUAAAAAAGACGAAGAUUGUAUCUCAGUACAAUUUGGACGGUCAACCUCUGGAAUGUGUUCCAUACGUCAAAGAUCUUGGUGUGACUAUAUGCAGUGACAUGUCCUGGUCAAGACACAUAGACGAAACGGUGGCCAAAGCCAACAGAACACUCGGACUUGUCAAACGAACUUGCAAGGAUACCCAUGACCAAAGAGUGAGAAAAUUACUAUUCUGCGCUCUCGUGAGGCCCAUUCUAGAAUAUGCCAGCAGUUUAUGGUCACCUUAUACCAUCAAGCAUAAGAGACUAGUCGAAAAUGUCCAGCGGAGGGCAACAAAGUUUAUUCUCGACUAUCCACAGGACCUAACGUAUGCCGACAGACUCGCGAAGAUCAAGAUUCUCCCUCUUGAGUUCAGGAGAUAUCUCAGACUUAUGCCUACUUUUUAAAUCUAGAACUGCAUGGAGCAAUUACUGCGGAUGUGAACAAAUAUAUAUGUACUUUUGAACCUGGAUACCAAUCAAGAAAUUAUGAUAAAAACAACUAUAAUCUUAUAAUUAAACACAAGCAGGACUAUUUUAGAAAUUCUUUCUUCAUUAGAACGGUUGAACUAUGGAACACUCUACCGUCUCUUGUCAAAUCCUCCAAUUCUUUAAGUAUUUUCAAGUCUCAUCUUCAUAAGUUGUAUUCUACUAAGUUAUCGCAUUACGUACCUCCGGGCACUGCGUGAUCAGCGUCUACACAUUGCGAUUUGUUGAACCAUCAUCCGGCCAUUUUCAUCAUAUUUACAAAUAUGUUAUAAAUUGACUCGUGAUUUCCAAAUUGAUUUUGAAUAAUUCAUAACUGUAAUCUGCAUAGUGGGUAAGUCGCAGUGUGUAAAUGUUCAGUACUUUUAUAGUCACGAUUCAAACCUUAGCUAGUAUAAGUAGUUGUUGUAACUAAUGUGUUAUAAACUGUUCUUUAUCUGUAUUUAUAUUUAAAGUCUUUCUAGGGGUUAGGUGUCAAUUGGGACGAGAGUCCUGUUCCUUUCCCCUGUCACGAUUUGUAUCUGUCUUUAUUUGUCUUUAAUUAGUUUGUAUCAUUAUAAAGUGACAAAUUCAUUAUAUUAUAUUAUUAUAUUAAAACAACUUCGCGUCAAGGACUCCCCCCGUGGAAAAAUUCUGCGAGAGAUAAAGAGUGAUUGACACAAGCACUAUAAAUAGGCAUAGUAUAUCAAUUCCUUUCGUAGUUUCAACUAAAGUGCGCAGAGGCGAAUGAGUACCGUAUAGCUACACAGCCAGAAACGCCACAGACUUGCUGCAAGUUGCGGAUUUUACCGACCUGCUGCAAAGUUGUCAACAAGUUGCAGCAGGCUUGUUGACGUCAUCAACUUGCAGCAAGCCUGUUGAAAUCAGGUUUGCUGCAAGUUCACAUUUGCAGACUUGAUGCAAGUUGAUGAAACAGGUUGCAUCAAGUCUGUAAAUGUCAACUUGUAACAAGCUUGAUAGAACAACUUGCAGCAAGUCUGAUGAACGCAUCAAGCUGAUGCAAGUUGAGAAAAUCAAGCUUGCUGCAAGUUGUCAUUUACAGACUUGAUGCAACUUGUUUCAUCAACUUGCAUCAAGUCUGUGGAUAUCAAGUUUUUACAAGUCUGAUGGAACAACUUGCAGCGAGUUUGAUGAACGCAUCAAUAUUGAUGCAAGUUGAGAAAAUCAGACUUGCUGCAAGUUAUUAUUCGCAGGCUUGCUGCAAGUUGUUCAAACAAUUUGCGGCAAGCUUGUGGAUAACAAGUCUUGACAAGUCUGAUAAAACAACUUGCAGCAAGUCUGUUAAAAUCAGGCUUGUUGCAACUUGACAUUUGCAGACUUGCUGCAAGUUAAUAACAAAUUCAUUUGACUUGUUCACAGCUUACAGACUUUGUUUAUUGUUUGGCUAAUUCGGUCGUGAAAAGCAGUUUCUUCAAUUAUAUUAUCGCUCUAUACAUGAAUAUUUAACAAUGGAGAUGUUUGUAUUUUAAAUCAAAAGGAUUAUUUUGCCGUAUUUUGCCGUAUUUAGCCGUCUUUCCAGCUAUUUCUGAUGAAUAAAAUUAGAUGAGUUGAAAUCAUAGAUUAAGUAAGUAUAUACUUCAUCUGUGGUUGAAAUGGACAGCUGUAGAAAAAUUCUCGCAAGUCGCAAAUGAAAUAAUUAAAAAUUUUAUAAAAAUGAAAAUUUAGGAACAACUUGCUGACGGGCGUGUGCUAUCGCUAUAUUUCUUUAAUCUGAUUGGAUAAAGGCGUAUGCACACGUCAUCAUUCCUCGUUGCAAUUGGACGAAAUAUUACAAACAUAUCAAUCACGUAAUCACAGAAUAGAUACCGGACCGGAAGUGUCACUCCUAUGUGUUUUGGCUGAAGGAAAACGUCCGAAAUAUUUUUGCGUGCUAUGACGCCAUCCUGGAGUGCACCCGGUACUUUGUACCUGUUUUCCUAUGAAAAACUUCCGUGUGCACUCCAGGAUGGCGUCAUAUGAUGGCGUAUUUUCACGUCAGCAUUCGUAAAAUUUCGGACAAAAUAUCGUCUGAGUGACACUUCUGGUCCUGUAUCUAUUCUGUGACGUAAUCAUGUUCAGUUGUUUUUGUCUUUUACUUAAACACGUUCACAAGGAAGCGAAGAAAGCUCAAAGCUGGUUUGAUUUUUGAAGAAAGUGGCAAUGAGAAUACAAGAUCUAGAGCUUAAGAAACGAAAAAUACGUAAACAACCGAGUCUUCAUCGUUGAUAUGAAUAUGGAAUUCGCUACACAAUUUCUUUCCAAUUUCAAGUGAAAUCUACGAACGAGGAAGACGCCUUUUUGAAGCUUUGUGUAUGUACUAUUUUGAAGAAAAAUAUGCAAGUAGGUUGUCAUAUUUCGGUCGCACUUGUAAAGGCCUUUUAAUUUUGAGAAUUGUUUACGAUAAGAACCUUUCUUUGUCGUAUUUUUUCGGCUGUACGUUUUGCUCCAAAAUUAUCUCGCAAGUUUGUUAUAUAAAAGUCUUGUUAUUUUACGAAAUACUACAACCGAAAUAUGGCAACCUGUUUGGCCGUUUUUUGUUCAAAAUAGUGGAUACACGAAGCUUCAUAAGGCGCUUUCCUCACUCAGCCUUUUGACAACAAGCCUGACAUCAAGCCUGUGGAUGACAACUUGCAUCAAGUUCGCAGGUCACAACUUGCAUCAAGUCUGCAGUUCACAACUUGCAUCAAGUCUGCAGUUCACAACUUGCUCAAGUCUGCAGUUCACAACUUGCAUCAAGCUUCUCAAUUCACAACUUGCAGCAAGCCUGCAGUUCACAACUUGCAUCAGGUCUGCAGUUCACAACUUGCAGCAAGUCUGUUGACAACUUGCAACAGACUUGAUAUUAUUAAGCCGGAGCAAGCGAUGCGAACGCAUCCUGAUAUCGGCUUGAUGAUCGCAAGUUGCGUCAAGUCUGCAGCUGAGACCUGCUGCGACCUGUAUAGUGCACAUACCAACCUCUUGAAAAAGGGUUGUCCCUCAAAACGUCGAGAAAUGCACUCUGAAAACAAUGAAAAACACCCUUGUUAAAAUUUUCCUGGUUGAGCUAAAAAUAAUCCUAUUUAAAUUUUCUGGUUAUUUUAUCUCACGUCCUACCAUAGUCUGGUUAAUGUAACCAAGAAUCUGGUUAUAUUUCACCAGAACAUCCUGGUUAAAAUAAUGAUAGGUGCAUGAUUAGCAUACUAUGAUAGGUGCAUGAUUAGCAUAAAUAACGAAGGGGGCCUGACAGAACCCCUCAACCAGGAACAUUUUAUCUAUGCAGGUUCUUUUUAGAGUAUGCUCAUCAUUUUGAUGUUAACGAUCAGUCUACCACUAACAUCGACCAUGAAAUAUCAAGUUUAAAAAUCUUUGCACUACAUUGUUAAUAUAACAUUUCUGUUCUUGCUAGGUGUUACUCGUACGUGGGAAAACAAUCCGGCCGACAGGUGAUAUCUUUGGGUUCUAGAUGUGAAUCAGUAGGCAUAGCUCUACAUGAAAUGCUCCACGCUCUUGGUUUCUUCCACACAAGUUCCAGGACUGACCGAGACUUUUACGUCAUCGUUUAUGAUAAAAAUAUCGCAACAGGUUCGUAUUUUAUUCCGUAUGAUGAUAUUAUUAUUAUUGUCUUUAUUAGGGUCCACUACAGUAUAUGUACAAAGUCUAAUUAUAAAGUCUAAUUAUUCGAAGACCCUAAAUGGGCGAGGCGCAAACGGGACUCGAAGAACCAUGCAAGGGCAGUGCCAUAUGUAAGGGCAGUGCCAUAUGUAAGGGCAGUGCCAUAUGUAAGGGCAGUGCCAUAUGUAAGGGCAGUGCCAUAUGUAAGGGCAGUGCCAUAUGUAAGGGCAGUGCCAUAUGUAAGGACAGUGCCAUAUGUAAGGGCAGUGAUAGAGGAAUGUUCCGUACAAUCUUUUCUUAGCCUUAGAGGCUGUUCAUAUAAACCGGGCUAUAGAGGAAUGUUCCGUACAAUCUUUUCUUAGCCUUAGAGGCUGUUCAUAUAAACCGGGCUAGCCGGUAUCAAUCGUGUCACAAAUGUUUUUCCUGACCAUUAAAAGAUCGUUUGAAUUUUAUAUUGUUACUGGAAUCAUGGAUAAUAAAAUAAAUGGAUAGCUGACGUGACCUAAUGUUUUCAAUGGGCUGAUGGCGUGGUUGGAUGUCUCAACCACAGAGUAGAGACAUACAGAGACGUAACUAGUGUACCCACUUUUUUGUGCGCAUGCUCGGCAAGUUACUAGAUGCAUGCAUCUGAUUGGAUGACGACCUGAUGACGACUCACUUUAAACUUGCUGAGCACGCGCAGUUGAUCAUUUUUCGCCCGGUCGCCUGAAAAAAAGUGGGUACAUGAAAACGUAAGCUUCCGCAGUGUCACAGAAUAGAUACAGAACCAGAAGUGUCACUCAGACGAUAUUUUGUCUGAAAUUUUACGAGUGCUGACGUGAAAAUACGCCAUCAUAUGACGCCAUCCUGGAGUGCACACGGAAGUUUUUCAUAGGAAAACAUAGGUACAAAGUUCCGUGUGCACUCCAGGAUGGCGUCAUAGCCUCAUAGCCAUAGAGAUUAUAAAUAACACUAGAGGAGGCAUCGAGUUUAAAAAUUGGGAACGCAGCUAAUGGGGGGCAAAUUCAAGUCCCGGAUAUAAAAUCGUGCUCUCAUUGGCUGAUUUGAAACUCGUCACCAAUGGGAACACGAAUACACAUCCAGGACUUGAAUUUGCCCCCCAAUAGUCGCGUUCCCUUUUUUUUACUGAAUUAAGAUUAUAAUGCCUCCUCUAGUGUUAUUUAUAAUCUCUAUGCUCAUAGCACGAAAAAAAAUUUCGGACGUUUUCCUUCAGCCAAAACACAUAGGAGUGUCCCUUCUGGUCCGGUAUCUAUUCUGUGGCAGUGUUUACAACGGUCAGUUACGUCUCUGUAUGUCUUAUCUACUCUGUGUCUCAACCUAGUUGAAAACCAAAUUCUCAAAAACGGCAUGUUUAGCAAUAAUACAGUUAAACAUUUUAGUCAAAGAGCAAAUAAAUUUAGCCAUUCUAUGAUGAAAGCUUUAAGUAUUCCCAGUCAAUUUUAGCAAAUAUUUCAAGCACUAAACAGUGAAAAAUACAUCGCAAAUUUCGUUAAAAUUUGUGACGCCAAUUUCGUAGCUACAAAUGUAAAAAAAUACAAAACAAAGAAGAAAAACAUUUACCUUGAAUACUUUGUCGUGGCUUAGGCAUGUUUUUGAAACAAUUAGACCAGUUUAUGCUUCAAUAUCACCCUUUUAAAGUGGAAAAUAUAGCAAAACAACAAAAAUGCCGAGAACUUUGGUAACAUUCGCAAUACGCGUGACGUCACGUUUUUCAACAAGGAUGCAGUCAAUGACGUCAGGAAGUUUCCUAUCCAGUUAUUUUACAAUCCAUGCUGGAAUGAAACUAUCAUAAACAUCCAAUGUUAUUAGUUUAUGAAAGCCGUGGUAAGAGCUUUAUUAAACGAAUCAUCUCGGUUAACCGGGCAGUCCGAUUCCAUAUGAACAGCCCGUUAAAAUAAUUACAAUUCAAAAAUUUGCAUGGCUGAUUAAUUCUGCAUCAUAUUUGAAUAUCGUAAACGCGUCUACAGAACGUGAGGACGAAGAAGAUGUGUAAGGCGACGUUUUCUUAAAUUGAACGUUAGAGCAUACAGGCUGUACAAUGAACCUGUAAUGCAGUGUAUGUGGGCCGAUAAAGGUUGUGUUGGGCUAAAUGCUACGAUCAAAUACUAUGCCUAUGGAUCCUAAAAAUUAAGUUAGACGUGUAUAUAUACUUGCAUCUGCCUGAAAGAAAUAUUAAGAACGUGUCGACGUUUUGAGCCCUCCCGCUUCAUCAGGAGGGUAGAAAUUAAAUUAAUAGUUUAAAUUUUGUGUUUGAGGUGUACACGUAUACAGCACGGAUACAGAUCAGUAGUAUACACUUUCAUGCAAUACAUUAAUAGAUAAAGUUGAUAAACAGUUGAAAAAUAUCCAGUCGGUUAAAUAUUUCUUUGUGGAUAGAAACAAUCGGUAAUUAAACGACAGAGUUUGAUUUUCGCAGUUAUAAUGGGCAUUGGUACUGAUUUACUGUGUUUUUCUAGGUAUGGCUCACAACUUCCACAAGUAUUCCCAUGGUCAAAUUGACCACCUCAACUCUCCGUAUGAUAUCACAUCUAUCAUGCACCUACCACGACAUGCAUUUGCAAAAUCUCGUAACCUAAUCACAAUCCAGGCGAGAGCUGGUUCUCAUAUAAAACUUGGUGAAACAGGCAAGCUUUCCCCAGUUGAUAAAUAUCAAAUAAAUGCUCUUUAUAAAUGUUCGUCAACUACAACAACAUCAAGUUGUUUGAUUGCAUUGGGCCUGCAAAAUCGUGCUAUACCUGACAGCUCGAUUCGAGCCAGUAGUCAGUAUUCUUCCUUAUUUAAAGCCAGUGCAGCCAGGCUUCAUGGAUUGCCGUCUAUGUACAAUAUGGGUGCCUGGUGUCCGAAGACAAAGACCAACUCUUGGCUUGAGGUAAUUUUCUAAAUCAUGUUUUUGUAUCUACGCUUUCGCAUAUAUAUAUACCAAGAAAGAAAAAGAUAGGCAGUUUAUCUGAAGGUAUAGUGUUCCAGUUAUAUUAAUUUCAAUGUCGAGGAGUGAAGGUAAUGUUCCAAUGCUGUUAAAGUGCUGUUGAAUACGAAAGAUUUGGAACACUAUUUUGACUUUCAAGUUUCAAAUGCAUGAUUUCUUCGACAUGUUUUGCUUUUAUAUCUUAAAACCUUUGCGCUAGUAGAAUUAAGAGGAAACUGCGUGUUAUAUUAAGUACAAUUGGUUUAGCUAAGUCAGUGAAUGUGCAAGUGUGAUCUAACAAAGGAUUUAGAACUGUAGCAUAUUAUUUGACUGCAGCAGAAGUUUCACUAUUUUUCGAAAUUUACUACACUGAGACCACAUUAUAGUGGACACACGGACCAUCCAAGAUGUUUGAAACUGACCUGAUUUCUUUAUGUAUCAACACGCCAAAAACGUUAAAAUAAGAAAAGAACAUAAAAACACGCCAAAAUAAGAUGAGAACAAUCUUCUAAUUUUUAAUAACUUACUUUCUGAGCUGAAUGAAUUAUACAGGGUACUAAAUUAGGCCUACCAUGUAUAAUUAGACUAAUUAGGUUGCAUGAGGUGCUCAGUACAUCAAUCGCCUAGUACCUAUUACCAAUGUACGCCUAGCGUACCUAUUUCUAAUCAGUGCGACCAAGGGGGAGGCUGUUAGAUGCAAAUGAUGGUAUCUAUAAUUUUUAAUGGAGAGGGGCGCUUCGCAAUUAUUUAAAAAGCUCAUUAAAAUUAAUUUUUAAAUAUAUUUCAAUUGAAAUAUGUUCCAGAUUGAUCUUGGUCAAAUGGUCAGGGUAACUGGAAUUGCCACUCAGGGACGUCAAGGCAUGAUGUCUGAUGAAUAUACACCGAAAUAUGACUUGAAGUAUAAAAAAUAUUACUACAGCAGUUGGUAUUCUUACUUGUCCACAUCUAGAGCAUACGAUGGCACACAGGUUAGCCAAUCAUUCACUUCAUUGGCUUUAGGUUAAAAUAUUCAUGCAUGAAUUAUUGAUUUUUUUAAUUAUUGUAUUAUUGUAGAUUAAUUAUUGUAGAAUAUUUUUAAAAUUUUAGGAUUAUACAAAUUAAAUAUAAAGUUUACUGCCCGUCUACAGGCUUUUAUUGUGUUUUUUUUACAAUAAUCGCUAUAUACACUGGGAAAAAAUGUGCCGGAAAUCCAAACUAUGAAACUUACAAUUGCACCACUAAAUCCAUAGUAUAUCCAUACUAUGUCGAUAGUAUGGAAAUAUACAAUUAUUAUGGAUGAUCAAAACCAUGCUGUUUCCAAUAAAGGUCCAUACAAUUUCCAUUUUAUGACCUUCUAUGGAUUUUCAAAUUUUUUUCCAGUGACAAUUUUACAGUUGUUAUAAAAACAACAACAUCAAAUAAAAGCCUGAAGACGGGCAGGAAAACUGCCCGAAACGUACGCUGCAAAUAUAAAGAAUUUUAUACCUGUUAACCUACAUCGAAUAUUCAGAAAAAAAGGUGAAAGUUUUAUAAGAAAAAUUAAAAUGACAUCUGGUGCAAUAAUAUUUUCUUUUUCACAGCGCAUAUAAAAAAUAAUCCUUUAACAUAAACUAGUGUAAGCUGAGACGUUAGGCUUUUACUAAUGUCACAUACACGAAAACGAGGUCCUACAGCUAAUGUGACGUACUUUCCAGAAAGGCGUAUUGGUGUUAAAGGCUAAAAGAUGUUACGUCAGCCAAAUGACGUCAUCCUUGCGUCUGUCUCAGUACUAGUUUAUCAUGUCUUCGAAUAAUGAAGAGUUAAUUUUUAAACCUAUUUGUAGCAAUAUUUGUAGCUAGCCCGCAAAAUCACGUUAUGUGAUUGGUGGAUGUGUCUUUGUCUGUCCGAUCUGAACACUAUAUGAGCAUGAGAGUAAUAUGAUGUUUUAACAUCAUUACUCUCAUGUUCAUGUCGUGUUCGGUCGGACAGACAAAGACACAUCUGAAGAUUGACUGAGAGCUUGAUUACUGUAUGUAAUAAAUUAAUUGAAGCUUUUUAAAAUAACUUUACAAACGGCUAAGUUCGGAGAAAACGAUCCGGUGUCUGCUAUGAGACAGAUUUUAUGUAACUCCUCCAGUUAACGUCGUAACCAAGCAUUUACAUUGCUUUGAUGACGUGAACAUCUUAAACCCCGUUUACACGGUACCGGACGAAUUUGGAACCUGUCUGAAAUUCGUCCUUUUUCGCCUGUUUACACGCGAAUUCGUCCUGUUAGGGGGUCUCAAAUUCGUCCAGUUCCGUGGUUCUCGUGUGUUUACACGGCCGAAACGGCCAAAUUUUAGUCCGGUUCCAAAUUCGUCCGGUACCGUGUAAACGGGGUCUUAGUUUAGCGUUGUAUCCAGAAUGACAACGUUGUCGAGGAUACCCCUGGGACCACAAAUUAUUCAAACCUUUUGUUUUGCAUGAAGAAUUUGUUUGUUUCAAUUCGCGUCGUGUUUUCUAAAUCAAUCUAAUCAUUACCAUUGAUCGGGUACCCGACGUAAUUGGGCAUGGUGGUAACGACGGAGUCCAGAGUCGGAGUACGGAGUUGGGACCUUCCAGUUUUCAAAACAUGAAAACUGUGCGUAGACUUCGCAGAUGGACGCAAUACCUUUGGACUGCAUGCUGCAUCUCGCACUACGUCAUGUCAUUCGCGUUUAAUAUGGUGCACGUGAAUCACGGCCGGUUGUUGAAAGCAGGAUAGCCCAAUUAAACCCUCGGUUAAAUUUAACCUGUUUAGUUUAUGUAUGUUUUAAAACUUCAGAGAAGAAAACUCCUAUACUGAUCCAGACAAGAUUUCUAACGAAAUAUUUCGAAAUUUAUAAACAAGCUGUUGGGAAGUUUGCUUUGAAUUUUACAUUAACAUAAGGUUAGCUUGUCCCUUUCGAACAACCGGAUCGACGGAAUAAUGUUUCGAAAUACUUUUUCGAUAAUGGACUCCAUUUAUUUAACUUUUUCUAUAUAGCCUUUAUAGGAAUAUAGUCAUUGGCCUUUGUCAGUGGCGAGUGACCAAGUCAUUUUAGCUUUUCAGUUGUUCGUAUCCCUUGCUAUAAAUGCAACUACGAUGUAACAAUAUGUAUUUUUUGUACUAGAGUUUACCAGGUAACUGGGAUGGAUGGUCAGUGCAGUAUAAUGCCUUGAGUCCAACGUUUACUGCAAGAUAUGUGAGACUUUACCCCAAAUCUUGGAAAAAUCGACCUUGUUUUCGAGUUGAAAUUUAUGGCUGUAAAAGUACGUAUAUGAUUGUCAGUUUACUUUGGCUUAAGUUAUGCCCAUAUGAACGUGACCGUUCAAUGUAAUAUUUUGAAACCUAUAUCAAUAUCUUUUUUAAAGAAUGCGCCUGCAGUGUCACUGUUUUUCGACUGUCAGUGGGCCUUGCACAACACUUUAUAGCACGACAAUAGUUCUAACCAAUCGGAAUUAAUGUUUCUUUUGAAACUCUGAAUAUUCUCAAACAUGCCAUCCACACGUGCCCCAUCCUAUUCGUCAGGGGAGGCCAGCGCAGAUAUUCGCAAAUAUGUGGCUCCCUGGCCAUAAUCCUCCAGUCACUAAGGAAAUCGGCUGACACUUGUUUAUACCCAAUUAGUAAUAGUUAGUUGUUCCAGUUUACGAAAGCAUGCAUAAAUACAUGCAUACUAACUAUUAUUAAUUGGUUUUAAACAAGUGUCAGCCGAUUUCCUUAGUGACUGGAAGAUUAUGGCCAGGGAGCCACAUAUUAUCGAAUAUGCAUGGUGAAUAACUCAUUUACAUAAUUCCUUUAGUACCUUUGUUCUCCUAUUAUGAUUUCGUAAUAUCGCAAUGUGCAGCCAUGUGAUACAUCAUAGUUGUUCACGGCGUAUCAGCGGCGGCGGAACAGAUUUCGUUCUGGGGGGCUAUAUUUUUUCGGCGACCCCGAAAAGGGACGAAAAAAAUUUUUUCGGACUUAUAUCAAAAAUAUUUUUUCGGAAAUACACUUUUUUUAAACAAAAUAUUGCAAAUUUGUCCCCUUAUACCUAAAUUUUCAAAAAAUAACCUAAAUUUUUCCCUAAUUAUCAAAUUUUUUUCCAAAAAUUCAAAUUUUCUGGGGGGGCUAAGCCCCCCCACUUUUACUUCUGGGGGGGCUUUAGCCCCCCUAGCCCCCCCUGUUCCGCCGCCCCUGCGGCGUAUGGCAACAGGUUAAAGCAAAGGAGUACGAGCAAAACAUUGCUGAAAUUUGCAACACAAACUGACUUCAAUGCAUGUUAGUUAGAAAAGUUGCGAAUGCUGUUCAAUGUUUGACUACUUAGUUGUGACAACAUUUUUAACAUGCAUUGAAAUCCGUUUUUGUUGCAAGUUACUGCAAUGUCGUUGCUCGUAUUAUUCCACCUUCGUAUUAAACUCACCCCAAAAACGUAAGAUGCAUUGUUUACAAUGAAAUGUUCUUUUCAUAUAGUUUGAAACUGCAAGUGGACAAAUUGAAGUUGAAGAAUGAAGUAAAAUAAAAUGAUUUUGGUAGAAAUGAAUUGAAUGUAAUUUAAUAAUAAGAAAUAAAUUUUAAAAUGCAAUCUAUAAAAUAAUUACCUCGUCUUGUUAUAUAUAUGCAUGCGUCAGGCAUUAAAAUAAGGACUUUUUACAGGAACACAC